AACACAAACACACGGCGACUACUUCGGAGGCUUACCGGUCAAGUUAACGGUUACCUAUCUUUGCUGUGCGUAAGCGGAGACGUUUCAGUGGCGGCGCUUCACGCAGGGACUCGGGAGUGGUAGAGAAGAACGCAGCAAGCAGCUCCUCCAUUUUAGCUCCCCAUGAAAAACAAUAACAGCUCGCUAGCUGGCUAACGCUAGCCAGCUAGCUUAGCCAACAAAACCCGCGUCCAAAGCGACGUUGGUGUAUCGACCGCGUCUAUAAACACUCAGACCUUUCACCGGCACGCCUUUAACGACGUUGCGAUUUAUUUUUUUAUCUUACCGGGGCUAUAAGCCAAGUCCAAAGGCAAUGGUGUUCAUGUUCCCUCCUCAAGUCUUCUUUUAAAGCGCACACGACUGCGCAUGCGCAAUGCGUUGGCUGGCCAUGUCUGUUUAGGUUGCCAUGAGUACGCUUCACUGAAAAUAAUGAAUAAUGCUGCAAUAUUACAAGGAAAAGCUUCAAAAUUAUUAAAGCAUUUAUUAAAUGUCGACUCAUCUGUGGAUUUUAAUUUUAACAUGACAAAACUAGAAAUGUCAAGUGCUUAUUUAUUUAUGUGCAUUCUAAAAUACUCAAGCGAUUAAAAAAAUGUGCGUCGCAAUAGCCUAUAUGUAAUAUUAUAUAAUAUUCUGCAGUUGACAUUUUAAAGCGAUGCAGUGACGCAUUCAAACGAAGCUACAAUACUCUCCAAACCACCAGGGGGCACUGUUCCAAACAUGGCGAACUUAAACUACCAAACAAACUGGAACAGCAGCACCCGAGUAGCCAAAACCUCUCCAGCUAGAAAUAAUAUUUUCUUUAAAAAAUGUAGCAUUUUAACGACGCUUUAACUUGCUCAUGAAGUGAACUGAAUCCAUGUCAAUUCAUUCUGUGGGCUGUAUGUCGGUGACAAGUGAGGGAAGUGCUGAGCUGAGCUGUACGCGGACGUAAACUGGUUAGCUCGUUAGCUUAGCUUCGCUAGUAGCACCAAAACAAGUUAACAUUUUUUGUACCUUAUUCUUCUUUCAAUUGUCGCUACGCAAAAGCAACGGCGGAAUGCAUCGGAGGGGCGUCGGUGCGGGUGCUAUCGCCAAAAAGAAGCUAGCAGAGGCUAAAUACAAAGAAAGAGGAAGCGUUCUUGCGGAGGAUCAGAUAGUUCAGAUGUCCAAGCAGCUGGACACGUUCAAGUCCAACCUGGAGGAGUUUGCCAGCAAGCACAAACAGGAAAUCCGCAAGAGUUCUCAGUUCCGGGUUCAGUUUCAGGAGAUGUGUGCCACCAUCGGAGUCGACCCGCUUGCCUCUGGCAAAGGUUUCUGGUCAGAGAUGCUGGGAGUGGGUGACUUCUACUACGAGCUCGGCGUCCAAAUCAUCGAGGUUUGCUUGGCGCUGAAGCACAGAAACGGAGGACUCAUCACUUUGGAUGAACUCCACCUCAGGGUUCUGAAAGGACGCGGCAAAUACGCGCAGGAUGUGAGCCAGGAUGACUUGGUGAGAGCCAUCAAGAAACUGAAAGUCAUGGGCAGCGGUUUCGGGAUGAUUCCGGUCGGCGGCUCCUACUUGGUGCAGUCGGUGCCAGCAGAACUCAACAUGGACCACACGGUGGUUCUACAGCUGGCCGAGAAGAAAGGCUACGUGACCGUGAGCGAGAUCAAGAACAACCUCAAGUGGGAGAAGGAGCGAGCGUGUCACGUCCUGGACCACCUGCUGAAGGAGGGCCUGGCCUGGUUGGACUCGCAGGCGUCGGGCGAGCCGCAGUACUGGCUGCCUGCUCUCUUCUCUGAGCUCACGUCCCGCGAUGUCACGCCCGAGGAGGCCAAUCAGAUGAGCCCGUGAUUGUGUAAAUGGAAAUGACUGACAACUCUUUGAAAGAACAGUUUUUUUUAUUCUGCCCACAGGUUGUUGUGUUGGCGUGAAUAAAAAUAUGUUUGGAUUUCAACUCUUCAGCUCGUACCAAUAAAUGAUCUCAGGUG